AUGGCGGGGUUAAGUCAGGGAAGGUCAUAUCGUAGGCAAUUGUUUGAUGAGAUAUUUGAUUUUAGUGAAGAUGAUAGUUUAUUCGCUGAAGAUGUGGAGGAAGAUGAAUCAGCUGGUGAUCAAGAUAUGAACAAAGGAGGCAUUAGAGCAGUAGCAAACACUAAUGCUAUUGAAGAAGGUCCUCUAACAGGGAUGUUAUUUCCUUGUAUCAGCACUAUGUUCAACUUCUAUAAAGAACAUGCUAGAUUGAAAGGUUUUAGUGUUUUCAAAAGAUCAGCAGUUAAUGUACGGGGUGGAUCUCGCAAAUAUCAAACAAUUAGUUGCGAUAAAGGAAGGAAAGCAAUUGGUGCGAAAUCAUCAAAAAGGAUAAAUUGUCCUGCAAAGAUUAAUGCAAUCCUAAGAGAAAAUGGAAUGUGGCAGAUUUCAAAAGUUAUUUCAAGUCACAAUCACGAAUUGGAACCUUCUAUGUCUAGAUUGAUGGUUGCUCACAGGUCACUGAAUAUGGAUAUGAAGAGGAGAUUGGAGGCAAACGAUAUAGCUGGCAUAAGACCCGCAAAAAGCAUUAGGUUGCUUGAAGUUCAAGCAGGUGGACCAGAAAAUUUAAGCUGUUUGUCAAAGGAUUGUCGAAACUUCAUUGAGCGAAAGAGGAGGCUACGACUUGGUGAUGGUGAUGCUGAGGCUAUACGUAAGUUGCUUUCAAAUAUUCUAUGGGUUCAUCCUCGUAGUCGAGCUGCUUACGAGGAAUUCAAUGAUGUUGUUAGUUUUGACACUACUUACCUUGUUAAUCGAUACAAAUUGCCAUUUGCCACCAUUGUUGGAGUAAAUCAUCAUGGGCAAUCUAUUUUAUUAGGAUGCGCCUUGAUCUCACAUGAAGAUGUAAACACUUUUAAGUGGUUGUUCAUGACGUGGCUUGAAGCAAUGGAAGAUGUUCAUCCCAAUUCUAUUCUUACAGAUAAAUGCGAGAGCAUGAGGAAAGCCAUUAGGGAGGUAAUGCCUAAUACUAGACACAGAUUUUACUUGUGGCAUAUAUUAUGCAAGGUACCUGAGAAGUUUAAGGGUGUUAGUGAUUAUGAUAGUGCAUGCCUUGAGUUUAAAGCUGUAAUAUAUGAUAGCUUAACCAUCGAGAUGUUUGAGAGAAAUUGGAAUGAGUUUGUGGUGAAGCAUGGGUUGGAAAGAAAUGAAUGGCUUUCCAAACUAUAUGUUGAUAGGGAGUAUUGGGUUCUAAUUUAUCUCAAUCACACAUUUUGGGCUGGAAUGGUUUCGACUCAAAGGAGUGAGAGCAUGCAUGCCUAUUUUGAUGGGUAUGUUAACUCAAUGAGCACACUAAAGCAAUUUGUGGAGCAGUAUGAGAUUGCUAUGUGUGACAAGAAUGAAAAGGAGUUCUAUGCUGAUUUCAAAUCAAAAAACACAGUUGUAAAUUGCAUAUCUGUUUUUGAAUGGGAACAACAGUUUCAAAAGGCAUUUACUAAUUUAAUAUUCAAGCUCGUUCAAGAGGAGAUUAAACGAAUGUGGUAUUGCCAUGUCAUUCAGCCAACUGAAGAGGGAAGGCGUGAAGCAGAUAAUGAACCAGGAAUUGAGAGACAUAAAAUUAUGGAGAAAUCCAUAAUCAACAACUGGUUUCGUAGGGAGUUUGUUUAUGAUGUAGAGUACAGGGAAAAUGGCCAAUAUUUCAGUUGCAAUUGUAAGAAAUUCGAAUCAAAAGGAAUAUUGUGUUGCCAUAUCAUGAGGUUGAUGUCACUCAAAGACAUAAAGUUCAUCAACGAACGAUAUUUGCUUAGGCGAUGGAGAAAAGAUGUUAACCGUGUCCAUAGUAAAAAGUUUUUUCAUGGAGGGUACCCACAUAUGACAGAGGAGUUUGAGAAAUACAGGGAGAUGGAGAGGUUAUUUCAAGAAGCAUCCGAUUUGGCUUACGAUGACAAUAAGAUCAAAUUUGUGAAACAACGGUUGGCUGAAUUGAAGCGGGAUUUAUUGAGCUGGAAUGAUGGAAUGAUUGCUCCUACCAGUAAUGCACAGGUUAUUAUUGACACUAACAAUGCUGAUGAAAAUGAAGAAAAUGAAAGAGUUAUUCUUAAUCCACAUGUGACUCGUAGUCGUGGACGGCCACGAAUAAAUAGGCACAAAUCAGUAAGGGAGAUCACUCAACGAGAAAAUUCUGGUAGGAAUAGAAACAGUGGAAGGGGCAGGCGUAGAGGUCGACCAAGAAACAAUAUUAACUCGAAUAUUGCUGAGCAGGUUGGGCCGCAUAAUAGCCAAACACCAGCAGCCAAACACAAGGAAAUGUUGCUGAUGCUGUAA